AGAAAUUGAUUGCAGCAAUGUUUUUCUAGAUCCAUAUGCUCAACUUCUUCUUGAGGCUAUGAAGCAAUCUGGUUGCACUGUCUUCAAUGACCGGCACUUUUCAUGUGAAAACUGUGAUGGCUGUGUCAGUGGAGGUUUUGAUUCUGCCACAUCUCAGAUUGUUCUGUGUCAGAACAACAUUCGCCACCAAUCCCAUAUGAACCGGGUGGUCACACAUGAAUUGAUUCAUGCUUUUGAUCACUGCCGCGCACAUGUUGACUGGUUUAAAAAUGUCAAACACUUAGCAUGUUCAGAGAUUCGAGCUGCUAAUCUCAGUGGAGACUGUACACUGAUGAAUGAAAUAACCAGGUUUAAAUUUGGAUUAAAAGGACACCAUCAGACUUGUGUACGCGACAGAGCAAUUCGUUCCAUCCUGGCUGUUAGAAAAGUUAGCAAAGAAACGGCAGAAAAAGCUGUGGAUGAAGUUUUUGAUGCCUGCUUCAAUGACCUGGAACCUUUUGGAAGAAUCCCACACAGUAAAACAGAUGCAAAACGUGCUUAUAGAGACUUUCAGAACAGAGAUCGCUAUAAUGCUAAUUUGUAAAGGAAAAAUAAAUGUUAAAAAUUAUGUUAAUAUCUGAUUGUUCUGUAACAUCUGGGGUUAUAGUCUACACAUACAGUGCUGGUGGAAAUUCUAUCAAAUGUAUCAAUUUUGUAAACUUUUUCUAGGAGCCAACUUCCAUGGAAGUAAACAAAGUAAAUGAACAAGACUAAAAAAUGUGUUUCCUCACCUGUUCUUCCAGCAAGAUAAUUUAGUACACCAAAUGACUUGUCAAAUAAUGAUCUGCACAUUU